AUGCCGAUGCUGCCAUGGCUGACGGAGCCGAUCAUGUUCCACGGGGACCGUGAUCGUGGUGAGUGUAUGAUGACCGAAGAACAAUGUGCGUGGAAAUGGCGUUGGUGGACAGAUUGGUAUUCUGCAGACCUCGUGUUUUCGCUGCCAACCGUUGCGUUCUUCAUGGUUGCCAUCGGCAUCUUCAUAAUUGCCUACGUUUUAUCAGCUAUCCUCCCUACAAGCUGGAGAAGAAGCCGAGGCUGGCGACGGCUCCUUUCAGGCACACGGUUUCUUUCAUACACUAGUUUUCACGUCCGAGGAUGGAGUACGCCAUCCAUUGGAAUCUGCCUGCUUGGCGCCGUGGGACUCGUUUACUUCUUGGCAAUGACUCUGGGACCGAAGCCGUACUACUGGCCAAAUACGAAAGAACUGAGCUACGGCAAUUCACCUCCCAUUGCCACUCGAACCGGAUAUAUGGCACUUGCAUGCAUGCCGUUUCUAUAUGUUUUGGGAACCAAGGCCAACUUCAUCUCGCUGGUGACAGGCAUAUCGCACGAGAAGCUCAAUGUCUUCCACAACUGGGUUGCAUGGGCCAUGUUUGUCUUGGCUCUUGUACACACUUUCCCUUUUAUCAUCUACCAUGAAUGGGCGGGUGACAUUGUUGAGAACUGGGAGGCUGAUGGAAUGUGGAUAACUGGCGUGAUUGCGCUGAUCGCUCAGGCAUGGCUAACCUUCAUGUCGAUUCGGUCAAUUCGAGACCGCUAUUAUGAGUUCUUCAAAUCCACUCAUAUCUUCUUCGCCGUCGUCUUCUUCAUCUUCUUUUUCCUGCACUGUGAUUACAUCCUGACAACAUGGGACUAUUUUGUUGCCACCGGUGUUCUAUAUGCGCUUUCUUGGCUAUAUAGCCUAUCUCGCACCCUCUUUCAGUAUGGCUUUCGUCAUCGGGCUAGCCUUAGUCUGGAUGCCGAGCAGAACCUUUCGAUCACUAUCGAAACAGACGCAGAGUGGAAGCCAGGCCAACACGUAUUUCUCCGAUUUCUGACAUGUGGUGUGCACGCUCUGACUGCUCACCCUUUCACCAUCUGCUCUUCGCCAGAGCGAACCAGUGCUGACGACAAACGGAAGAUGAUAUUCCACGUGAAGCCUCGUGGAGGUUUGACAUCGCGCUUGGCCAAGCUAGCAGAGAAGCAGCCGAAUGCUAGCGUUGCUGUUCUUCUUGAUGGACCUUACGGCGGCCUCCCCGUGAGAUGGGGUGAAGGAUUCGAUCGGACUCUCGUUAUUGGCGGAGGGGCGGGCGCUGGUACUACCCUUCCGCUCAUCGAAAGCUAUUUGCAAAAGGAGCUUCAAGGAAAGAAGGACGAACAAUUCACUGCCAUUGUGGCGUCCCGUGAUCCUGCAUUCCACAGCUGGUUUGUCCAGGCGUUGGAAGAACUGGCUACAAGAUACUCGAUCUCCAAGGGUGUUCCUGGACUCACUGUGUUGAUUCAUCAAACAGAUGACAGCGCGAUAGCCGUGGAUGCUUCGUCAGUUUCUAACACAGAAGAUGCUGAGAAAAAGGUCCACAGCCACGCAACGCCUGAGGACGGUACCGCGUCGUUAGUUGCCGAUCUAUUCGGGGUCCAUCUCAAAAAAGGGCGACCGAAUCUUCCAGCGUUGGCUAGAGUCCCAUUACAAGAGAAGGGCGUGACAGUUGGGUUAGUUGUUUGUGGACCAAGCUCUAUGGUGCAAGAUGUAUCUGUGGUGGCGUCUGAGGCGCAACGCGGAAUCCUCAAUGGCUCUGUAGCCGCCGCUGAAGUUUGGUUCCAUAAGGAGUCUUUCUCGUAA